AUGGGACUUGAAAUCUAUGCUCAAUGGAUGUCUGGCCAGGAAAACCUCUCAACUCCAAAGAUUAUAGAGCCUCAGAUGUCAUCAGUUCCAGGGGUUUUAAAAAUUCAGGACGAUGUGAGAAAUCGGCCAAAACAAUUUUAUCCCACAAAAAUAAGGCCAACUCCAAGCAUUCUACCAUCUUCAACAACUGAUAUUAUAGCCACAAGGUACAUAAUCACCUCCCAAAAUCUCGAAUUAUCCUUUGAGCUGUAUAGAGAGUUAAUGAGCACCAACCGAGACAAGAAUUUCAUGUUCUCCCCGCCAACCUUCUCCCUUGCCCUCACUAUGCUGGGUCUCCAGGCUAGCCCACAAACUCGAAGAAAUAUCCUGAAUAGUUUGAGCUUGUCAUCCAUGGUGAUCUCUGAUACCCCAAGUUAUAGCGACCAUUACAACCUUGGGAAGUUCCUUCAAAGCCAACUACCAUCCUCUGAAGGAUGCCAGUGCGAACUACGCAGCAUGGUUGUUGGAACUCAGACUUAUGAGCAGUUGCAAGAAAAGUUUGUUAACAUGGCCUGGAAUAGUUAUCAUACCAAUGUUCUCGUCUUACCCCCCACACUACCCCAGACAACCGAACACCAGACCAGUGCCUUCAAGAAGGAGAAAACUCAAGACCAAAAAGGACCGUUUAAAAAAAGAAAUACUUUUGAUUUAUCUAGUGCCAUUUUCUUUAAAGGGCAAUGGACAAAUUUCUUCGAGAAGAAUCUGACAAUGUCUUUCCGGGUGAGGAGUGACUUCCGGGUGGCUGUGCCAGCUAUGCAGCAUGAGGGCCUGUUCCGUCUCCAGUACUGCUCCCCACUGAAGAGUUACGUCCUUCAGCUGCCUUACACCUGCAACAGCACUAGUUACUUCAUUAUGCCCAACAAUCGGAGCAACAGGGCAACAGAAAAUAUUCCAUUGUCUACGUAUAUUGAGGAUUGGAUUCUGCCUUUUCCACCAAGCAUGUGGAAACUGCACAUCCCCAAAUUCACUGUCUCCGGUCUCAGUUCCCUGGAGAAUCUACUGCCCAACAUGGGCUUCUGGGACAUCUUUAGCCCCAGCCACGCAGGCAUCAGUGGCAUUUUCGUGAAGGACCAGAACUACAGCAUUGAGAGGAUGCUUCAUGGGGCACAACUGACUGUGGAUGAGACAGGAGUCAAAAAUAAGAAGAAGUAUCAAACAAAGUACAAGCCCCGCAUCCGGACCUUCUAUUUCAACAGACCCUUCGUGAUAGUCAUUCUGACCCAAAACAAUGAAGUCAUCGUCAUGGGGAGAGUUAUGGAUCCUAUGAAUAAUACUUAG